GGAAGCGGCGGAGUCAGAGGCCGGAAGCGGCGGCGGAGGCCCAGUCGUGAAAGGCGCCGGCGGACGCAGCGGAGGCCCAGUCGUGCGAGGCGCCGCCGGGUCAAGAUGUCGAUCGAAAUCGAAUCCUCCGAUGUGAUCCGGCUGAUUAUGCAGUACCUGAAGGAGAACAGCCUCCACCGAGCCCUCGCCACUCUUCAGGAGGAAACUACUGUGUCCCUCAACACUGUGGACAGUAUCGAGAGCUUUGUGGCUGACAUCAACAGUGGACAUUGGGACACGGUUCUGCAGGCCAUACAGUCGCUGAAGCUACCUGACAAGACCCUCAUUGAUCUCUAUGAGCAGGUUGUGCUGGAGUUGAUAGAACUCCGGGAACUAGGCGCUGCCAGGUCUCUCCUGAGACAAACAGAUCCGAUGAUCAUGCUCAAACAGACUCAGCCAGAGCGCUACAUCCACCUCGAGAAUCUUCUGGCCAGAUCUUACUUUGAUCCUCGUGAGGCCUACCCAGAUGGAAGUAGCAAAGAGAAGCGGAGAGCUGCUAUUGCACAAGCUCUAGCUGGAGAAGUCAGCGUUGUACCUCCAUCUCGUCUCAUGGCAUUGUUGGGACAGGCACUGAAAUGGCAGCAGCAUCAGGGCCUGCUUCCUCCUGGUAUGACUAUUGACUUGUUCAGAGGCAAAGCAGCUGUGAAAGAUGUAGAAGAGGAAAAGUUCCCCACACAGCUGAGCAGACAUAUUAAGUUUGGACAGAAGUCCCAUGUGGAGUGUGCUCGAUUUUCCCCAGAUGGACAGUAUCUGGUUACUGGCUCUGUCGAUGGUUUCAUUGAAGUGUGGAAUUUCACUACAGGAAAGAUCAGGAAGGAUCUGAAGUACCAGGCACAAGAUAAUUUUAUGAUGAUGGAUGAUGCAGUGCUGUGUAUGUGCUUUAGCAGAGAUACAGAAAUGCUAGCAACUGGAGCACAAGACGGAAAGAUUAAGGUGUGGAAAAUCCAGAGUGGUCAGUGUCUGAGAAGAUUUGAACGAGCCCACAGCAAAGGUGUUACGUGUCUGAGUUUCUCUAAAGACAGCAGCCAAAUCCUUAGUGCUUCUUUUGACCAGACAAUCAGGAUUCAUGGUUUAAAAUCUGGGAAGACUUUAAAGGAAUUCCGUGGACAUUCUUCCUUCGUCAAUGAAGCUACUUUUACCCAGGAUGGCCACUAUAUCAUCAGUGCAUCCUCUGAUGGCACAGUGAAGGUUUGGAACGUGAAGACAACAGAGUGCUCAAACACCUUCAAAUCUCUUGGCAGCACUGCUGGGACAGACAUUACCGUGAACAGUGUCAUUCUGCUGCCCAAAAACCCGGAACACUUUGUUGUUUGCAACAGAUCAAACACAGUUGUCAUUAUGAAUAUGCAAGGACAGAUUGUCAGAAGCUUCAGCUCUGGUAAGAGAGAAGGCGGUGACUUUGUCUGCUGCGCGCUUUCACCUCGUGGUGAAUGGAUCUACUGUGUUGGUGAAGAUUUUGUGCUCUAUUGCUUCAGCACAGUGACUGGCAAGCUGGAGAGAACUCUGACUGUUCAUGAAAAAGAUGUCAUUGGCAUUGCUCAUCACCCCCACCAGAACCUGAUUGCUACGUACAGUGAAGAUGGCCUCCUCAAGCUCUGGAAGCCAUAGCUUUCUUUUAUAAUGAGCUAGGAAGUGUACCUGUCAGUUGUAGGUUGUUGGUGUCUGUGUGCAGGUCUGAAUGCACAGUGUGAUAUUAGCUCAAUUUUUAGUUCAAGUUUCCAGACAAUUACAUUUUUACUUCUGGGUCCUAAAAAUAGAGCAUCAGUUAAUUUCAAAUACUCUUACUUUUUACCAGAGCAGCUGGGCAACUUCAGCAAGAGUGUUUUUUGUGCCUCCUGAAGUCUGUACUCUUCCUAAGGUGUUUAUAAACAAGUUGAAUGAGCUAGGAACUAUACACACAAGUGGUUGCUGACUUCCUAGAAUACAGUAAAUGUUUUGUGGCUUUUUUUUUCCUUUUUAAUUUGAGUGAAUUAUGAGGAAUGGGAAAGCUGUCUCUUCUCCACCGCUGAGACAAAGGCACAGCUUUUGACAUGCUGAGCCUUUAAAAAUAACUAUUUGUAACAUUGGCUUUUUUAAAAAUAUCACAUACCUGUGGACCUAGAUACAAUGAUACUUUGGUCCCACACUAUGAUAAAAAGCUUUCAGGCUCUUCAGUUUGGAGCAGAGCAUGAUACCAUUUGAAGGCCUCACUAAUGCACAGAGGACACUUCUAAAGCAUGACCUGCAGUUUUCUGCAACAAAAAAUUAAAUUUCUUCUGUAAUUUUGAGACAAAAACACGUAGUUUUGAAUCUGACACAGCUGUUCCCUGUCCUCAUUCUCGUAGAACGCUUUCCUCCAUAUUUUGUUACAAUCUGUCAUCACAGAAAUAGCUUUUCCUUGACUUAGAAAUUAGUUCCAGGUUAAAGAACCUCACAGCUUUUUUCAGUUUGAGGGCUCAAGUGUUGGUUGUCAGCUGGUGACUGACCUGCCCUGGUGCACUGGUGCACUUGGUUGGUCUGUGUUCAUACUCAUCUGAGAACAUGCAAAAAAGUUGCAGUUAAAUUUCUCACACAGCACUGCUUGUUCACUGCAGCUGUAGUGUUUAGUUCCAUGUUUAGCUGUAAUGCUGUUUAUUACUUCCUUGGAUAUGGCAAUAAAAUUAUUUUUUCGAUAGAAAAAAGUGAUUAUUUUUCCUGCCUGAAAAGAUACUGGUGUUUCAGGAACACCAGGCAGUAAUCCUGUCGGGCUCCAUUGGCAGUUAGUACUUUUGAUACAAGAGAAGAUCUUGACAAAAUGUUUUUAAUACUAUGUAGUUAAGUGAUUCAUUUUUGUCUUCAGAUUAUACAGCACUGCUAAUCCUCAAUGUAAACUAAUUCUUACAUUGUUCUUUAAAAUAAAGCCAUUGUAGCAAAUAAAAGUGGCAGAAUCUUGGAUGUUUAAAGAUUGAAAUACAUUCUUUAUCCUAAAAAUAUGAGAAAAUCUGGCAUUUCUUGUGCUUUUUAUUUGUUUUCAUCAAGGUCUCAAGACAAAGUGAAAUGUACUAAUUGUUGCAAUGCAGUAAGGGCAAAAUGUACCUCCUGGACUGAAGCUCUCAUUUAUAAAAUACCUGUCAGUUGGCAGAAAACUACGGUGAUAAUCUUGACAAUGUUGGGGAUUUUUUUUUUUUUUUUUUUAUCUACAGCGUUUUUUUUUCUUUAACUGUAAAUGUCAACUUUUAAAUGUUAUCUAGGAUGAUGUUUUCUCUUUGUAGAAUGAGUGAGAUGUUAUGCCACUUACCUGUAUGUAAAGGCUUGAAUGAGGCAACUUCUUUUGCUUGAACUAACAUUAAAGAACACGUUGACCCA